AUGCGUGACAUAAGGCAUGCCGUCAAGGGCCGCUUGACGUCAGCGCUCCGGAGCGGGGCGGCGGCUGAGGGAAGGGAGGGGGCCGCAGGUGGCGGCUGGGCCGGGCGCUCCCGGCUGACAGCGCCGGGCCCGGCCCUCCCUUCACCGGCCCUCCCCUCCCUUGCCCGGCGCGGCGCGGCCCGGCGGGAGUUGUACGGCGGCGGCGACGACGACGAUGCAGGCGGAGUCGGGGAUCGUGCCGGACUUCGAGGUGGGCGAGGAGUUCCACGAGGAGCCCAAGACCUACUACGAGCUCAAGAGCCAGCCCCUCAAGAGCAGCAAUUCCGAGCAUCCUGGCGCUUCCAAGCCUCCCUUAAGCUCCUCCAGCAUGACCUCACGAAUCCUGCUACGACAGCAAGCUCAUGCGUGAGCAGAAUGCCAGGAGGCAGGAGCGUCGGGAGCAGCAGCAGAAGCAGCAAGCAGCCCAGUUCAUGCAGCAGCGAGUACCCGUCAGCCAGACACCUGCCAUCAACGUCAGCGUCCCCACCAGCCUGCCCCCGCCACCCAGGUGCCCAUGGAGGUCCUCAAGGUACGCCAGUCUCUCUGCCUUCUGUUCAGGAGCUCUCGCUCAACCUACUUUAUUCAAUAGGGACACGGUUAUAGGGAGUUUUGGUGAUUACAGUUUCCAGAUAAGCUGCGCUCUGGCUUCAUUUGCAACUUAUUUUGGUGUCCUGGGAGUGAAGAAUGGAAAAACUUAUAAAAAAGUUUGUGUAACUUUUGGUUUUCUUCAAACUUCGAUAUCCCAGGAGGGAGGUUUUGUUACAAAAUUAAUGUUUCCCGUCAUUUCCCUUUGGAAAACGCUUCUCCGUCUUUCUAGUACUUAAAUAGUUUUCCAAAAGAAGAAACUAUUAAUAGAUAUUCAAAUCAAUAUUUUGGUUUUUAAAAGAAAACAAUGAAAUAUUUUUGUAAAAUGGAGUCAAAACUAUACAAAAGAGCCUUGCAGAAAGCCUUAAUCUGAAAUAUGGGUGAGUUUCCAGCCUCUUGCAAUGAGCCUUUGUAAUCCUUUUUUGCUUAAAUGACUUGUUUGCUAUUAGUAGCUUUGGAUUCCUUGUCCUACUGGAAACUGUAGGAGCUUGUUAGUAUCCCUCUGUCAAAAGGGAUGUAGCUUGCUAAUUACUCGGAAAAAAGGUGAACAGCUAUAAGAAAACAGAUCAUUUAAUGCACUGGUUAAGUCUGAGUAGGGUAAAGCAAUGUGGAAUGUGUUAGUAAAAGAAUGCAAAACAUUCUGGAGAAAUUUGCUGACAUAUUUAAUGAAAAUAAAUAAUUCUUAGUUCUGAA